AUGAUGAAAAAUUUUCAAGAAAUAAUUUAUGAAGUGAUGGAAAUUUGGCACUUUUCUGCGCUAAAUGCCCGCAUCAUUAUGCUCAGCAGCUUAUUGCCAACUCGACUCAUCUAUGGUGUCACGAAUGAAGAGAUAAGGCUUAUUGUGAACUGGGCAAAUAAUCUUGGCUCAGAAUUCCAACGUGACAAGCCUCUUCGCAUGACGAACAAGCACGUAAAAAUGGCCUUGGAGAGACGUGAGCAAGUUCUCGGUGGCGAAAAAUAUGAUGACGAUCGAAAAGCAACAGUUAGACGAUUACGCGGAAUCACUGAUGAAGACAAGGAAUCAAUUUUGGAUUAUAUUUACGACCACAGCGAUGAAUCACCCGAAACAAAGGCAUUUGAAUGCAAAACGUCACUCAUCAUCGAAAGAUCCAUUGAUUUGUAUGAAAAUCUAAAGAAAGAAAAAUUCCAGAUGAAGUUCGGACUUCUCUUCACGACUAAUGAGAAAGUCGAGAAAGUUCAAUGCACAAGAAGACUCGCGCAUUCGAAAUACAAUGGACUGUGGGAAGAAUUCAACGCUGUUCGUCUCUCAAAGGGGCAGGAAACGAUCUCUUUGCAUCAUUUUCGGGCGCUCAUACCGCCGAUGAUGAUCGAGCCACGUCAUCGGGAUACCUAUCAGUGUAUUUGCGCUCCGUGCAGUAAUCUUGGGAACCUCCUAUCGAAAUUCUCCGACCUUUUGAUCUUACAAAAGAUCGAAAAACGAAAGCUGACUCGUGAAGAAAUCAUUGAGAUGAUCUACGACUUGAAAGGCUGCAAGAACUCAAUAUAUCAGGACCCUUACAUUGUCCCUCUUGCAUGUGCGGAAAGCAAAUGCGACUGCAAUGAUGGCGAGGGAAAAGUUUUACCUCUCCUGCGGGAGCGCUUCGAAGAGAUCGACGUUCUUUUCCGCGAUGAGACGCCGCAACUUGAGCGAUACAACAUUAUGCUCAUGAGAGAUGUUUAUAAACGCCUUCAACCAGGCUCCGAACCGGUUCUAAUCAUGAAAGAUGUUCAUACCCGCUUAAAGCUCAGUGAUAAGCAACUUGUCGAAGAUCUCAGCUCAGCAUUUGAUGAAAACUCCUAUCAUUACUCUGAGAACAGGCUUGCAAAUCUUCUUUAUGGACAGGUACGACGCGGUGAGAAAGAAUUCGACAAUACGAUUUUCUUCGAAAUUGAUUACAGUGGAGAGUACACCUGUCAAGGAGGAGUAAAGACGACCCAAAACGCAGAAAUGGGAACCAAAAUCGAGCUUGUUGUUCAUAUCGUUGUUGCUUGGGGAUUCAAGAUGACAGAGUCGGGUGAAAGAGAGCGAGUAAGACUAGACUCAGGACUUCUCAUGGAGAAAAACAAGGAAAGAAAAUUCGUCAAAUCGCCCGCUGUUAUCAAAACCCAUCUGCUGAAGGUUUUGAAUCACAUUAAAACAACUCAGCUGAUGACCAUCAACGAAGAUACAGUUGGCGUGCUUCUCAGCGACAACGCUGUUGAGUACAAGUCCAGAUUCAGCCUAGCAGACAUCGCUGAUACCGACAACUGGGGCAUACAAAUGAUGAAAGCGUUCAAAAUCACCCGACAUGGGAAGUCGUUUGUGGACGGUGCGGGAUCGACUCUCAAACAGAAAAUGCGAAAGAUUGAAACAGAAGGGACUUACAUUCCUUCGAUUGGUUUGGAAAAGCUGAUUGAAAUGCUGAAUGAGUCGCCAUCAACUACCGAAAAAGGGACGUCUUUCCACUUUUAUAUCCCUGGAACGACCCCGAAGUCCGGAAUAAUGUGGAAUCAUGAAACAGCAUUUACAAAACUGAUGUCGAUGCCUUCAAAGAAGAAAGACGGCUCAGCCAUACGACGCGGAAAUCAACAAAUUCGAAUGGUCAAAUACGUCCGAAUCCCGAUUACAAAACGGCAUUUUGAGGACGAAGAAAUCAAGUUUCUUGUUGCAACAAAUAUCUGUCCUAAUCUGUGCCAAGUGUGUUUCUCUGCCACUCCCGAAUUCUGUGCAAGCGUUCAAAAUUACGCUCUCUCUGUGAAACGAAGUCAGUUUUUCUUCAAUUGA